AUGUUAUUAAAAUUCUUUUUCCCAUUUUUGCUUUUGCUAACCCUUAUCUAUUUGGGGUGUUCUGAGGAGGAUAAGGAAGACAUUGCAAAUGGUCUUCAGGGUGAGGACAUUGCACAUGGUCUUCAGGAAUCUGAGAAUCAGGUUGAUCAGGAAUUGGUUAGAUUGAAGAGAGAUGAUGAAGAAGAGGACAAGGCUGAGGAUGCUGAGAAUGCAGAGGAGGGAGAUAAGGCUGAAGAUGCUGAGAAUGCAGAAGAAGAUAAAGGAGAUGCUGAUGCGGAAGAAAAAAAGAGUGAAGAUGAAGAUAAGAAGAGUGGAGAUGAAGAAGAAAAAGCGGAAGGUGAUGAAGAAGAAAAAAAGGAUGGAACUGAGGAAGAAAAGAAAGAAGAAGCUGAAGAAGAGAAGAAAGAUGACGAUGAAGAAAAAAAGGACGAUGAAGAAAAAAAGGAUGAUGAAGAAGAAAACGGAGAUAAAGAAGAAAAGAAUGAUGAUGCGGAAGAGAAAGAGGAUAAACAUUCAAAGGAUAAAAGUAAGAAGAAGGGUAGUAAGUCCGUUCAAAAGGAUAAAAAGGACGAGAAGGGUGAGAAAAGUUAUAAUUUUUAUUUAAAUUAA